AUGAAAUCCUAUAAAGAAAUUGAUGUUAGCGAGACUCCAAUCGUUGUUCUUGGAUGUGGCUAUUUCUUCACAACGGAAUCCGUGGACUGUCUGAUGAAUAUGGCUGCCGUAUAUGAAAUUGACAAAAACGGGGAGUUUACUGGAUUGAAAGACAUAUCUACAAAUCUGGCGCCAUCCAUACCUUUCUGUCCAGAUUGCAAAUGUCCAGUGAGACAGUUUGCUACACGGAGAUAUAACAGGGUAGUUAAUCGGGCAGUCAUUGACGAGAUGUCGAGACGCUUCCUCUCAAGCGGAAAAGAUGGCCUCCAAGAAUUAGAACGACAAAUUGAGGAACUGAAGAAUUGGCAACAAGAAACCAGAAAGAAGGUUAUGGACAUUCAUGAAGGCUACGAGCUUACUCUCAUGGCAGUCUCUAAUAUUAACAAACUACUGCGUGACGGCUAUAAGAGAUCCGAAGAUCUCAAAACCGGUGUGCAAAAGUUCUGCAAAGUCUUUGCAGACAAAUGCCAGCCCGCACAGAAACUUCAUGAAGCUACCGUGCAUGCAGUGAGAAGAGCGGCGAUUUUGCAGCUACCCUCUGAUACCUUGUUAACGGCCCUGAGAAUAACUGACGCGGAGCCUGCCCCAACUGCCUCCCGUGAUAGUCAAAUCACUAUGGGUGGCAAGAUGGCUUUGAUCAAGGUAAAUUUCCUUAUCAUUGAUGAUGGGUUUGUUCUGUCGAAGGCCCUAAGGUCGAAAAACGCUCUCAUAAAACUCCCGGGUCAAAGUCCCGAUAAACUUGCCAUAUUCUUUUUCCAGACCUGCAAGAAAUAUAUUGCUGAGUGUGAUACCCAAAACCUCCCAAAACUAGCUGUGGAAGGGACUUUAUUGUUUGCUAGCAUUGCACGUUCAUUCGAGGCUCAUUGCCGCUCGGGCAAAACGAAAAUUGACGCCGCUACAAAGUUUGUAGAGACGGCAAAGGAAUUGCUUGAGAAGGCUCUAAAGACCUGCCAGCGGCCCUUCCACAACGCCGAGGGCCUGCGUGCCCUUGUUGAACAGUCCAUACGCUCAAUGAAGACCGAAUGGUAUGAAGAAGUCACCGUAGCUGAGAAAGAAGCCAUUAAGGCAGCAAUGCUCAGCGGUCCCAACGGGAUUGCAACUCAUUCGGGCCAUUGGUACAACUGUUCAAACGGACACCCUGUAAGUUCAUCAUGA